AUGACUUCGUCUGUUCGUAUGCUCAAAUCAGAAUGGGAAGAUACGAAUGGAGCAGUGCUGAAGGAGAUUUUCCACCACCCCUCGAGUGAAACGAUUAGUGGGGAAAUGGGUGUCCAAAUGCACAAGCAAUUCCUGAAUUUCACGAGGAUUUGGGGCAGCCGCAACCAAGGCUCUAAUGUAUUCUGCUUCCUGUAUUUCAUUGCCGGAGUAGGAUACAAUGUCUGUGUGCUCCAAGGACGUGGUAAUUGCACUGGGGGUCAGUUCAGGAACCACUUACUCAAUGCGAGACGGUACCACCUUCGUGUCAAGAGCCCAAAAAUUUGGCUGAGAACUAGACAUCAAGAGGCCUGGAUCACGUCAUCUACCGAGCUCGAGGUCUACAAUGGGAGGCGCGUACCUUCAAUUUUCAUCGAUGUUUUAUCAGAGAUUCUUGAGAAAUCGCGACCUGAGGCGAUUGUGCAAUUUCGAAAUGAGCGGGUGAGUAUAUAUAAUAAAAUGGCGCGCCAUGAAGCCACUAUGACGCGUCGUGCGGCGGAGUUGCACCAAAUGCGGUUGUUUGUACAAAGCGAGGCGGUAGUCUGGGAAAUUUGGAGAGGUGUCUACGUUUUUGCAUCUUGCUGUAAACAGCUUGGAGAAAACCCUAUCUGUUCCGACGGGCCGGCGGGCGAGUCUUGCCACAUCCUGCCCAGCCACAACCACUGCUGCAUCCACAUCGGCGACGUUGGGUCCUUUUUCCGGUGCCGUCGUCUACUUACUCUGCUCAGUGCUCAUCCAAGAACACUACAUCCUGCAAUGCUUAACAUAAACGACCUGCCUCUGGAAAUGUUGGGCCUUAUUAUCCAGUCAUUCUAUCAAGAUCUGGAGAGAGGAGAGGUCGACAUUGGAUUAGCCGCCAUUUGUCUGACGUGUAAACGCUGGAACGACCUCGCGCUAUCCACUCCCGAACUUUGGAGUUUCAUUGGAAUGAUCCACGACCCCAUUUCCACCCUACCGAUAUCAAAAUUCCCCUCGUAUUCGAAAGUCUCCAACUGGCUUGACCGAUCCCAAAAUUGGCCACUUUCUCUAGUCCUCACUCGCACCGGUGGCGUCGUGUCUCUCUUGGUUUUUGUGAUUGGUUCCGACCGACGGAUGUCCACCUCCCUCAUGCCUUCAUCGCCCCGAUCUUGGAAAGUGUUGAAGUGA